CAUUCUUAUUUAAAAACCAUCAAUCCAACACCUUAUUGAAGCAAAGAAAAGCCAAGUGCUCAUAUACAAUAAUGUCUAGCUAGCAUCCACCACACUAUAACCAACACCAUGACAAUGUUAUCAAACUAUUUCUAUUCUCUCUCACAAACUCCUCAUAGGCUUAGAAAAAGAAUGCUAGCAACAUGGACACCAGACCAAGAAUUCAACCAAGUAAGACAUAGGUCUGGUGCAGACAUGAAAAGGAAGCUUAAUUGGUAUGAUCUUGUAGCUCUUGGAGUUGGAGGAAUGCUUGGUGUUGGUGUGUUUGUUACAACUGGUCCUGUCGCUCUUCAUCAGUCCGGUCCUUCAGUUUUCAUGUCUUAUAUCAUAGCAGGAAUAUCAGCACUUUUAUCUUCUUUGUGUUACACCGAAUUCGCAGUUCAAGUUCCGGUUGCUGGAGGAGCUUUCAGUUAUUUAAGAUUAACAUUUGGAGAAUUCUUUGGAUAUUUUGGUGGGGCAAAUAUACUAAUGGAGUAUGUUUUUUCAAAUGCUGCUGUAGCUAGGAGUUUUACAGAAUAUCUAAGCUUUGCUUUUGGAGAAAAGAAUCCAAAUGUAUGGAGAGUGGAAGUUCAUGGAUUACCAAAGGACUAUAACAUGUUGGAUUUUCCUGCAGUAGCUCUCAUUCUUCUCCUUACUCUCUGCUUAUGUCAUAGUACAAAGGAAAGCUCUAUAUUGAACCUAAUUAUGACAGUGUUCCAUGUGAUUUUCUUUGGAUUCAUUAUUGUGGCUGGCUAUUGCAAUGGAAGUGCCAAGAACAUGGUGAAUCCAAAAGGGAUAGCUCCUUAUGGUGUUAGAGGUGUUCUUGAUGGAGCAGCAAUAGUUUACUUUAGUUAUAUAGGCUAUGAUUCAGCUUCAACCAUGGCUGAAGAGGUUAAGGAUCCUUAUAAGAGCCUACCAAUUGGAAUUGUGGGUUCAGUUCUUAUAACCACUUUGCUUUAUUGCCUUAUGGCUCUCUCUUUGUGCAUGAUGGUUCCUUACAAUAAGAUAUCAGAGAAAGCUUCCUAUUCAAUGGCUUUCCUCAAAAUUGGUUGGAGUUGGACAAGCAACAUUGUUGGAGCAGGUGCAAGUUUAGGUAUAGUGGCUUCUCUUCUUGUUGCAAUGUUAGGACAAGCAAGAUAUCUUUGUGUUAUAGGAAGGGCAAGGCUUGUUCCAUCUUGGUUAGCCAAAGUGCAUCCUUCAACAGGCACUCCAUUGAAUGCAACUAUAUUUUUGGGAUUUUGCACGGCGUCAAUCGCGCUAUUCACGGAGCUAGACAUUAUAAUAGAGUUGAUUAGCAUCGGGACGUUGAUGGUGUUCUACAUGGUAGCAAAUGCUCUGAUAUACCGUCGCUAUGUAAUCACGGGCGGUACUCCGCCUUUACACACACUCUUGUUCCUAUUUCUCCUCUCCCUCACUUCCUUAUGCUUCUCCAUAGUGUGGAAAUUCAAGCAGCAAUGGUGGGGUCUAUUACUCUUUGGUGGCUUCAUUAUCACAAUAAUAGCCUUUUUUCAACACAUGGUACCUUGUGACAACAACCUUGUACAGCAACAAUAUGCUCAUUGUUGGUAUGUCCCAUUCAUGCCAUGGCCACCAUCAAUGUCCAUCUUUCUCAAUGUUUUCCUGAUGAUGACGCUCAAAACACUCUCUUUUCAACGAUUCGCUCUGUGGUCAUGUUUUAUUACCAUGUUCUAUGUUCUCUAUGGUGUUCACUCUACAUAUCAAGCUGAGGAGAUUGAGAAUUUGAGUGGUGUUAAUCAAGUGGUUAUGAAUUUGAGUGUACCUAACUUACAAACUAAGGUUGAAAUUCAGGUGCAUUAGUUAGUUAGUUGAAGCAAUUUUUUAUACAAUGAAGCAAGUUAUUCUCCUACACACUAUAAUUGUACAUAUAUAUUGUGGGAUAGAAUGAUGUUUGAUGUGCUUGAAGAAUGUUUCUUUGGUGAUAAUGCUAUAUAGAUCUUGCAAGGAUUUUGAUCAUCUUUAACGUUUGCAUCAAUGUAGUAGAAGCGUUGAAAUAUAAAUCAGCACCACUACAUAUGAUUCGGACACAUGUAAAGAGACAAAUUAAACAACCCAAAAAUCAUUCUUUAGUAACGAAGUCUUUGAAAACAAGUGAUUAAUAAAGAAAAUUUCUUUACCCACCUCCCUAUGGGUGGUCACCUCCUGCGAAAAACCAAAACUACCCCUGCUUCGGAAGUUCAUUUCCGAAAGCGUGUUUUUUAAAAAAAAUUGACUUACUUCGGAAGUUCAUUUCCGAAACAAUUAUUUCGGAAGUGAACUUCCGAAAUACUGCGAUUUCUGCAGAUUUAUCAAAACACUCCCCCCUCCCCCAAUCAUUUACCCUAAAUCAAAACAAAAAGUGGCAGAGGCGAAAAUUUGUGCAAACGGAAUUCCAAAGCUGCAUCAAGGCUCCAAUCACACUGCUAAACAACAUUCAAAAGCCCUCAAUCCUAACACUUUGAACAUGUCAGACAACCAACAAGCACGCAGGACUGCGUCUUCUAAAGAGGGCGCUAAGGGAAGAAAGAGUUCUUCAAAGAAGGAGGUGAAAGAGGUGAAGGAGGUGAAGGAGGUGAAGGAGAAGAAGAAGCUUUUGACUGGUUCUGCUUCUCGUCCCCUGGGAGUCCAUGGCUCGGACGCGCAGGCUCAGCCUUCAGGCGUGAUCAACGCUGAUGGUUCUGAUAAUGAGUGGGAUGAAGAUUGGUAUAAUUAUCUUCAUUCGGAGGAGUUCGCUCGUCGAGAAGAAUAACGUGUUUUUAUUUUGUUUGAUGUGUAUUUUGUAACGCUCGUCGGGCAGAAUAACAUGUUUUUGUUUUGUUUGACGUGUCUUGUUUUGUUCUGAUUUCGGAUUGUAUCGAAUAAUGUUUUUGUAUUGGA